AUGUUCGCUGCAGCAAUUUCCUCAAAUGUCCUGAGAGCGGCCAGACCCAGCGUUUCCAAAGCCAUCAGGCCCCUUGGUGCUCGGGCAUAUCACGAAAAAGUCAUUUCGCACUAUGAGCGGCCUAGAAAUGUCGGCUCUCUCCCCAAAACUGAUGCAGACGUAGGCACUGGCCUCGUAGGCGCACCAGCAUGCGGCGACGUUAUGAAACUGCAAAUUCGUGUCGAUGACAACGGCGUCAUCUCCGAUGUCAAGUUCAAGACCUUUGGUUGUGGAAGUGCCAUUGCUUCAAGCUCGUAUAUGACGGAGAGAGUCAAGGGCCUAUCGUUGGAGGAAGCGGGAAAAAUCAAAAACACUGAAAUUGCCAAGGAACUCUGCUUGCCACCCGUCAAACUCCACUGCUCGAUGUUGGCUGAGGAUGCUAUACGAUCGGCGAUACGGGAUUACAAGUCAAAGCAAACAGCAUUGGGCAAGAAGUCCAAGAGUGGCUUCAUUGAUGUCACCCAGAGCGCUGCAACGGGCGAAACGGUAGCGACCGCUCACCCUGGCCAGUCAUAA